AUGGAUCGAAGUGAGGCAGAACUGGGAGAUGCUCUCACUCGUUUCUUGCCACUUGGUCCUGGACUUGUAUACCUGGGCAAACAGAUUAGAAAGUAUUGUGAUAUGGCACUUCUUUCAUGUGCUUAUGCUGGAACUGGGAAUGUCCUUAAGGUCCAAGACCUUCUUUCUCAAUGUGGAGAGAAUCUUGAGAGAAAGAUCCGUUCUUUGGAGCGGAUGCUACAAUACGGAGAACAAAACAUUCGGCGUGCUGUGCCUUUGGCCCUUGGUCUCCUAUGUAUAUCAAAUCCAAAGCCAAGGAUGAUGUUGAUGGUUGACGAAAACCUGAAGCCACUGUCAGUGCCAGUGCGGGUAGGACAAGCAGUUGAUGUGGUUGGACAAGCAGGUCUGCCCAAGACCAUAACGGAUUUCCAGACACACUCUACACCUGUUCUCCUGGCUGCUGGGGAGAGAGCCGAGCUAGCCACCGACAAGUACGUUCUUCUUCCUACGUCCUUGUACACUUUCUGUUUCCAUAUGAAAAGCUUUGGUGGUGUGAUUAUAAAACUCGGACUUCAAAUUGCAAGCAGAUACAUUCCUCUGUCGCCGAUACUAGAAGGGUUCAUCAUCUUAAAGGAGAAUCCAGACUAG